AUGAAUUCAUUUGAAGCCUAUCAAUACUUAAAUUUACUUCAAUCUCUUAAUAUUAAACUUCCACAACUAGAUCAAUUCCAUUAUUCUUUAAAUGAUGCAUAUACAUUAAAAUGUAUAAAAUUGAUCACCAGAUAUCAUGCAAAUGACUCUAGUCAACUUAUUCAACUCUUAAAAUCAGACCAAAUUAUUGUAAGAGAAUCUGCACUACUUCGAUGUGAAGAGAAUCCUAAAGGAGUAGACCCUCAACAAUUCUUUGAAUCAACACGUACAUUAUUAUUUAAAGAAGCGCCACACGUAUUCCAUGUUCUAAAGGCAAUGAUUUCUGUAAUAGAUUAUAACCAAAAUAUACCAAUAAAUCAAUACAUUAAAAAUACAUCUCAAUUAAUUAAUCAACUCCAUACACUUAUUGAAAAAGAACCUUUACUUCAUUCACUUUGUACAAGUAUUCUUUUAAGACUUAAUUGUGUUGACUGUUCACAAAUUGAUUCUAUUUCAUUAAAUGAACAUGAAAUGCAAUAUUAUUUCAAACACUUUUCAAUAGACCAAUCAGUGUUAUCAAUUAUAUCUCUUAUAUUAGAAGACACAGAAAAAGGUAUUUGUAUUACAAAUGCUUUCAAUAAUGCAUUCUUAACAUCAUAUGAUCCAUAUCAUCUUCUUUAUUAUCUUUUAAAUUUAUUUAUCUCUUCUUACUCAGACAACUGUAAUAAAAUGUCAAUGACUGAACUAUGUAAUAUUCUUUUUAAUCCUUCUAUCUUUAGUUAUUUAAAUGAAAUAACUCAUACAACACAAAUUUUUGAACCUGAAUUACCUUCGUUUAAUUAUGAUAGAAUUGAACUAAUUAAAUAUCUUUACAGUAAUCUCUCAACAUCAAAAGAAUUAUCUACUUAUAUUAAAGAAGUAAAAAAUAAGUCAUUAAUUAUUAAAGACAGUGUAGAGAUAGUAAAUCAAUUAAUUAAAACCUUCCAAAAAGAAUUGAAUUAA